GCUAGCAUUGAAAGGAGGCGCCUCUCGCCACGUUUGGUUUUCACUCUCGGCACUCGAUGCUCGAGUCUGUGCCGCCGGUGCUGUGUUUUCUCGCUGCCAUUUGCCGGCAUACGUUCGUCGUGUACGCGAAUCGCCAACUUUUCCGCGUGUACAAGCUCGGAAGCUUGCUCGAGAAAGCUGGUGGUGUCAUGAAAAAGUGCAACAAGUAGAACGAGGACGAACAAAAGUGACCGUAUAAAAUAUCCGGGCAAUCGACAUUGACGAAAUGGUUUAAAACGAUUGAAAAGUUAUUUACGAUAGUGUUCGUUACUUGUAAUAGUGCGUGUUAAAAAGUUUGAAUUUAUAGCAAUUGGAAUGUCGCGAUCGAACGUUAUUCGAAUACGUAAUGUAUGAAAAAGGAAGGAACGAAGAUAUUAAACUUUCCACAGUGGCAAAUAUGUUUUAACGAAACAACGAAGAAAAGGAACACCAUAAAUUUAUUUGUCCGCAAAUUCAAUCCAAUUACGAUAACCGAUAAUUUGGCGUUCGUGGAAGUUUCGAGCGUCGCAUCAGUCUCGCCGAAUGGACGUGAUUCUCACGAGGUGGAAUUAAGUGGAAAUGGCAAUAGGGUUAACUACUUUGCUAGGAACUGUAUCGGUCCUCGGAUUCAGCCUGAUUCCUCUCCUAGCGAUUGGCUUGUCCGUAUUUCGGUACAACCAAGCGGAUCCAGAAUCUCAUCCGACCGAUGCCCGCCAGCUUCUACGAAUGUACGAUUUCAUAGUGGUCGGUGGAGGAAGCGCGGGUGCGGUGAUAGCAUCGAGAUUAUCAGAGGUAUCGAAUUGGACUGUGUUGCUCGUGGAAGCGGGCGGUGACGAAAAUGAAAUUUCGGACGUUCCCGUAUUGGCUGGGUACACCCAGCUCUCGGAAAUGGAUUGGAAAUACCAAAGUUCGCCACCGACCGUUUCGGCUUAUUGCCUCGCCAUGAUCGGCGAUAGAUGCAACUGGCCACGUGGGAAGGUGCUUGGUGGCAGCAGUGUGUUGAACGCCAUGGUUUAUGUCCGGGGUAAUCGCCGUGACUACGAUAAUUGGGCUAGACUGGGCAACGUCGGCUGGAGUUACGACGAGGUUCUGCCGUACUUCCUGAAAUCCGAGGACAACCGCAAUCCCUACCUCGCAAGGACGCCCUAUCAUGCCAUGGGUGGCUAUCUGACUGUGCAAGAGUCCCCGUGGAGAACACCGUUAUCGAUCGCGUUUUUGCAAGCUGGUCAGGAGCUUGGCUAUGAGAAUCGCGACAUAAACGGCGCGCAUCAGACCGGUUUCAUGUUAACCCAGUCAACGAUACGUCGAGGCAGUCGUUGCUCCACCGCGAAAGCGUUCCUCAGACCGGUGAAGAACAGGCAGAAUCUCCAUAUAGCGAUGAACUCGCAAGCGUUGAGGGUGGUGUUCAACGACGACAAGAGAGCCACCGGUAUCGAGAUCCUUAGGGAUGGUCGUCAGCAAGUAAUAAGAGUCAGACGGGAGAUCGUUUUAUCGGCUGGCACGAUCAACUCGGCCCAGCUGCUGAUGUUAUCCGGAAUCGGGCCUAAAGAACACUUGGCGGAGUUCGAUAUACCCGUGAUAUCGGAUUUGAGAGUCGGCGACAAUCUUCAGGACCACGUGGGUCUUGGUGGACUGACGUUCGUAGUCAACGAACCGAUCAGCCUCAAGAAGGACCGUUUUCAAACCAUGCCCGUGAUGAUGGAGUACGUUCUAAACGAAAGAGGUCCGAUGACCAAUCCCGGAGUAGAAGGAUUGGCCUUCGUCAACACCAGAUACGCGGAUAAAUCGAACGACUAUCCCGAUAUUCAGUUCCAUUUCGCCCCAAGUUCCAUCAAUUCCGACGGCGGAGAUCAGAUUAAGAAGAUCUUGGGUCUGCGAGAUAGAGUGUACAAUACCAUGUACAAACCGCUGACUCACGCUGAAACCUGGUCCAUUCUGCCGCUUCUAUUGAGACCCAGGAGUUCCGGCUGGGUGCGUUUAAAGAGCAAGAACCCAUUAGUCUAUCCAGACAUUAAUCCGAAUUAUUUUACGCACAAAGAGGACAUGGACGUUCUUAUCGAUGGCAUAAGGAUCGCGCUACAGUUAUCCAACACGACGGCCUUUCAGAGAUUCGGUUCCAGGCCACACACUAUCCGUAUGCCUGGAUGCCACAGGUAUCUAUUCGACACUUACGAUUAUUGGGAAUGCGCGAUUCGACAUUUCACUUUUACGAUUUAUCAUCCCACCGGAACCUGCAAAAUGGGUCCAAGGAGCGACUCUACGGCUGUCGUGGAUCCGAGAUUAAGAGUGUACGGGGUGAAAGGGUUGAGAGUGGCAGACGCGUCGAUCAUGCCCACGAUCGUCAGUGGAAAUCCGAACGCUCCUGCAAUUAUGAUCGGUGAAAAGGCAAGUGAUAUUAUCAAGGAGGACUGGAUGUACAAAAGAGAACGAUACGUGGGAAGGUGAUCAGCACAGGAAGGAUCAACGAUCCUUUGAAACGAUUUCCGUUGCUUAAAGUGCGUAUAUUGUGAAAACACGAUUAACGGAGUAACGCUUGUUCGCAGAAAAAGAUGUCUCUUACCUUU